AUGACGGAUACAAUUGUCGUGGAGGGACAAGUCAAGUUUAGAGAUGGGAAAAAGUGGAAGUCUCGGUGGGUCGUUGUUCGGAAGCCUUCUCCUGUCGCAGACUGUCUGUCUGUGCUGGCCUACAAAGACAAGAAGAAAACCAAGGAGCGUCUUGGUGUGACACUGGAGGGCAUCUAUGGUGUGGAACCAGGGCCGGGCCAUGAUGGUGUGAGCUUCACCCUCUCCAUCCUCUGCCUGGCACACACACUGGUGCUGGGCUUCCACAGUCGAGAGGCCCUCCUGGCCUGGGACGCCCGUGUGCGCUACGGCCUGGGAGAAGUCCACAGAUUUGGUGUCAAUGUGGAGCCCGGUACCAAAUUGGAGAUUGGCCCCGCCUCCCUCCACCUGUGCAACAACCUGUUGGCCCUCACCAGGGGCCUCCCUCCCAUGAUCAUUGGCCACUGGAAGUUGUCCGCUUUACGUCGAUAUGGCGCCGUGCCGAACGGCUUCGUGUUUGAAGGCGGGACUCGAUGUGGAUUCUGGGCAGGAGUUUUCUUCUUAUCCUGUUCAGAUGGGGAGCAGAUCAGUUUUCUGUUUGACUGCAUUGUCAGGGGCAUCACCCCCAGCAGGGUCCCGCGUGGGCUGCGACCGACCCGGCCAGAGAACCUCAAUGCUGACCCGGCAUCAGUUGAAGAACGCAUCAACCAGGAAGCCUCAGAGCUGGAGAAAAGACUCAGCAUGCUGUCCACUUGCAGCCUAGCGAGCAGCACAGCCUCCACUUACAGCUGCAGAACAUCUGUUGCCGGGGACGACCGUAGCAGCAUUUCCAGCUCCUCCUCCAGCCAGUCAGACACCAGCUACGGGAGCCGACGUACUUUCUGGGCAGAGCCGUUAGCGAAGUUGCACCUCCCCAGCGAAACGGCAUCAAGCUCGUCCACGCUGAAGGUCUUGACCACUUCGGAUGACCGCCUCUAUGCUGCUGUGAUGGGAGACUGUGGUCCAUCUUCCACACAACUCCAUCCUCGUGGUCUCCAUGACAGUGGGCGUCAGAGCUCGUUGGACAGCGGCAUUGGGAUAGCGACCGGGAGCUCAGGCAGCUUCUCCUCCUGUACAGGGAGUGUGGACAUAGCCCCUCAGUGCUCAGGGGAGGAAUUUGGCUCCGUGGCCAGUCUACCCGGUCCUCCUCCUCCCCCCAAUCCUCCGCCUUCACCUUCCCAGUCCACACCUCGCCUUGAGCACAGUGAUGGCCCCUCGUGUUCCUCUAGAUGCAUCUGUCAAGCAUCUCAGAGGUUUAGUGAUGAGUGCCAGAAUUCCAGCCUGCUCAGAUUACACUAUGAUACGCCCAGAAGUGUGAUCCAAAACAGGGCCCUGAGGGACCCCUCGGCUAUUCAGGAACACAGCACGAUGUGCGGAGAUCGCCUCGCAAGUCAGGACCAAGCGCAGACAGACGGGCUUCCGGGACCCGAACCUCAAUGGCAGGCUUUAAUGCAGUGCUCCCUCACCUGGCCCCGUGAGAGGACGCCCCCUGUGGACACUGAGUUCAAGUCCACCCCUCAGCAACUACUCUUACCUGGAAGGUCACCUUCUGGAGAAAAACAGUGCUGUCAUGGGUUUGAUAACUACAUCACUCCAGAGCAGUGGCGCUCAGCGAAAAGCAGAAAUUUAAUGAUGCAGGUUGGCAACUUCUCAUCAGGUCCAUGGCCUGCUGCUGAUUCACCAGACCAGCUGUGUGUGAGAGAGGAUCGCCAUGACAGCCAUCUGAUGAGGAUGCUCUCCUCGGUGCCACCCUCCGGCCCUCUGCAGUCUAUCACACUGAGUACAGCCAGGUCAUACUCAGCCUGUGAAGAGGGCUCCAUCAUCAGGUACACCCACCGAAAGAACAGCGCCAUGGAAACGGCUCAGCCAGUGGGUGUGGAGCACCCGCUGGGCAGGGAGGGCCGAGGGACUCAGAUGGACAACAGGCGGCAAGGGCCACCGCACUGACUUUGUUACCACCUAAGUGGAUAAUAUUUCAGUGCUUAUUCACUGCAGUCUCAGAAUAAGCUAAACAUCUCCCUUUAACCUCCAGUUUUCUGCUGAUCCGUAAUUACCGAACAAUCCAUUCCACUGAUAAUACAGUAAAUGCCUGGGAAGUCUGUGGAUGCUUAUUGAUGCGCAGUAAUCCCCCGCAUAUUCACGGGUCAUGUUUCUUUUUUUAAAGCUACAUGAUUUGCUUAAAACUCACCUAUAUGUGGUUCUCUAUGUAUUUUUGUGCUUGCUAUUAAGGCCCUAGCUGCCAAAAGAUGUCGCCAAACCCAACCUUCCUUGGAUUUUUCUGAACUCAAAACAUCUGUAAGCCAUUUAUUCAGGGUAAUGUAAUAUAUCAAAUAUAAAAUACAGUAUAAUCUAUUUUUCCAGCCUGGUAGAAGUGGUAUUUGAUUGACGGUUGAGCAGGACGUGGUUUUAGCACAUUCAACAGACACGCCCACAAUGUUCCAGAGCAAAGAGAACAGUUUGAUUAUUCACCCAUUUGAAGCCUCAUUUAAAAUGUAGAUUUUUUUCAAUUAUUCAAAUUUGGCAGGGUUGUUCACAACUUUACAAUUUCACUUUACAAAGACUUUAAAAUGUUAUGGGAUCAUAGUUUGUGGUUUAUUUAUGGAUUAAACUAUUAAUAUAGGCAAUGACUUGCAGUGCCCAGUCCCUAUCCCACUCUGAAUAGCGGGGGAUUACUGUAUUUGUUGGGAGUUUAUUCAUUAGUGUGUGGUGUCAUCCUUACCUGCAUAUGUUAAUCCCACAGAAUAGGUCAGAUCCCUUGAAGAUUCAUAUUAGGUUCCUUUUUUUUUGCUGCAUGACCGUUAAAUCUGAUGAGGCUCCCGUUGGAGGAGAAAGAGGCUAUUCAGCAAUAUAUUGAAAUGUCACCCUUUUAAUUGGUUUACCUUGCACUGUUUGGGUGUGCAUCCAUCUGGUGCGCUUAAAGGUUCGCCCCCACCUGGCGUUACACGAAAUUGUUUCUUUUUUCACAAAGCCGGCAGACAAUAUGACCGCAUGACAAACUCAGGUCCUGCUGUCAUUUGACUGUUUGGAGUCCCGGCGCGCUUGGCAAUCAUUCCACAUCAGAGCUUAAGUGUGUUCGAUUGAAAAAGCAGCUUCAGCGUUAUUUCUCAGGUGCACAGUUCAAGUAUCCAGUGAGAGAGUGAUGAGUCAGCCAGUACCAUUCUUCAUCACAGUAAUCGAUGCCUAUGCUCGUGGUCCGGGAGAGGGCACAAACUGAUGAAUGGUAAGGCUCUGCGUGUGAUCCAAUUUUCCACCCCUCUCUUGAUGUCAUCAAGACAAAUAGGCUCAUAUUUGACGCCAAUUUACUUUUAUGGGACUUGUGUGUCUGAGGAAGAAGAUUAUGAUGCUGAGUCAUAGGAUGUGCGUAUUUUCUCAGCAGUAGUCCGCUCAUUUCACCACAUGGAUGGAUUUCCCUGACAAAGCUUGUAAAUAGCAAAUGCGUUUAUUUAUGCCAAAUUCAUAUGAAUGAUAUUAAAGUAUAUUUUUCAAAUAUUACUCUUUGAUGUU